AUGGCACCACCACAGAUCCCAAAACUGGGAGCCAUUUGGAACUCUCUCAACCAGAAGCUUGAGAAUUCUCGACCCGGCGCCAUCACAGUGACUGGAUCCGACAUCCCAGAAAUUUUCGUCAAAGACCUCGCACUCCAUCUUCUCAACGAAUUCGAAGAGACUGAAGAAAAGUUGAAGGAGGUCCACAAGAAACUUCAGGACUUUGGCAACUCUGAUGUGCCGGUAGAUUGGAGAGCUGAGGGGUUCGAGAACCUUGCUGGUAUGGCUGUGUUGACUAAUGACGAACUGAAGGUUUAUCUUCUGGAUGUGUUAGUGAAGAAAGUUGUGGAGAUGAAGGCGGAACUUGGAGAGAAGGAGGGAGAGCUUGCUUAUGAGGACUUGAAGCAUGAGAGCUUGAAAAAAUUGAGGAAGUAG